AUGUCUGACUGGCCCGAAACAACGUCAGUCAUGCUCUCAGAGCCGUCAUCAUCCUACGCGAAUAUCCCGACCCCAACGGAAGAGGCAGAUUCAUUACCCUCGUCCUCGGCUGGCUCAACAACGUCCAUAUCACCUAGCGAAGAGGAGGAGGCAUCAGAUGCAGAGAGAGAAUGGCGGGAAAGUCUGCAACAGUUGGAACUCAUGUUGACCUUGGUCCUGAUCCCAUACCUCGGCAAGUAUUUUGGGCGGAAAUGUGCUUAUUGGGGUUGGGGCAAGUUCAUGGAGUGGAAGUACCCGGUGUCCGUGGAAAUUACCAGCCCUGGAGCUUUCAAGGGAGCUGGCAUGAUUGAGGCCGCAGCUUCGCUAUGA